UGCACAAUUGGUGGCUGACUAAAUAUUAUAUAUAUAUUAAUAAUAUAUAAUUUUUUCUCAUGUGUUUUAAUAAAAUCAACUGCUGUAUAUAAUUGUCUGAUGCUGUUAGAAGAAGAUAGCACAAAUUACUCAAGAGGGAUCAAGAUAACCAGAAGAGGAAAAACCUCCCGCUCCUACACGCUUUCACAGAUUCUGCUGUUUACUCUCCUGAAGUUGCUGGUACAGGCUACACAAGGAGUCGGCAACCUUUCUCAUAUGGAAUGCCAAUUUAUCUUACAAUUUCUACCUAUCUGCGUGCCAGUUAUAUGCACAUUUUCAUUCAUCAAUUUACUUUAUAACGCCUUCAUAUCUAAAUCAUUCAUGUGGUUAAUCAAAAUUCUAUCCAAAUGAAAAUGAUACAAACCUAAAAAGUAACUUAUAUUGCCAGCUAUGUAAAAAUAGCCUACAUAAAGCCAACAAAAAAAACAUUGCAGCCGCAGGUAUCAACUGUCCACUUGGGUCCAGCCCAAGCUCCCAUUAGCAAACUUGUGUAAAAUAUUCUGGGCCCUCAGUAUCCUGUGCCAGUGAGCUCAGGAGAGACACAGCUGUAGGCUAUUUUGUGCAAGGGAUAAGAGUUCAUCAGAUAAACCUCGAUCAGACCAUGACAUUUUUCCCUUUCACGCUGAGUGGUUAUUGAAAGGGAGAGAGCUGGAAAGAUUUUUCAAACGCAUUGAGGAACUAUUGUCAUUCUCAAUGGAUGUAAAAAUAGACUUUGUUUGCUUGCUGUUUGAGGUUAAAACAUUACUUUGAAAUGGUCCACAGCUCAUUAGUGAUGGUGCGUUAAGCCAAUCAGAAAUACUAUCAGAUCCCCCAAAUGGGCACAUAUGUCUACAUUUGCGCGCAGGCCAGGCAGUCUAUAGGCCUACUUCUAUGCGUAAUCAGGUGCGUGUCCUUACUUAACAUUGACAGUAGUGCUCCAAAGAAAAGACGAUGACUAAAUUGACAACACUCGGAAAUGGAGUGAUUUAAAACCGAAAGUUGUUUCAUGAUUUGUUCAUUCUUUUCCUGUUUUGGAUUAAUAUCUAACAAUUUCAUCUCUCUUUGGUGUCUUCUCAUGCUUCGCCUGGGGCCAGUUGUAACGAAUGAGUAUAUGAAAGAUGACUUCAUCAUUAAGAUUGAGACAUGGCACAAACCUGACCUUGGCACAUUAGAAAACGUGCACAAGUUGGACACGCCCAUAUGGAAGAGCGUGGAGGUGGUGCCCAUUGACAUUGCAGAUGGAGAACAAGUGGCCCCUGCUGACUACAAGGCAGAGGAGGAUCCUGCUCUGUUCAAGUCAGCUAAGACUGGUAGAGGGCCCCUGGGACCUAAUUGGAAGAAGGAGCUGGUUAGUAAGGCUGACUGCCCGAGGAUGUGUGCCUACAAACUGGUCACGGUCAAGUUCAAGUGGUGGGGCCUGCAGAACAAGGUGGAGAGCUUUAUUCACAAGCAAGAGAAGCGUAUCUUCACUAACUUCCAUCGCCAGCUGUUCUGUUGGAUCGACAAGUGGGUGGAGCUGACUAUGGAAGACAUCAGGCGGAUGGAGGCGGAGACACAAAAGGAGCUGGAGGAGAUGCGUAGAAAGGGCUCUGUGCGAGGCACGAAGGCUUCAGACGAGUAGCUGCUCCAGGUGUAGGUCUGAGGGAGACUGUCUUCGCAAACACGGUAGUGUACGGGGAACCAGUGCUGCCGAUGCUGAAUGAGACGGAGGAGGGUUUUGAACAACGACAGCGAUGAAGAGUGUAGGUGGUGAUGAUGAAGAAUGCGAAGCGGGCUCCCUGCGUUCCACCUAUACCUUACUGAUUCAGGAUGUGGAGGAUGAGGGCUCUGCUCCACUUGAUCAAUAGACCAGCACCCUGACCUGCCGGCACCCAAUCAUAGACAUUCUAUCCACAGAAUAAUUAAUUUGUUGAAAGUAACACGAUCCUAGCUGAUAAGGCUCCAGUUCAUUUUGAUCUCCUAGGCUAAUAACGAUAUCAAGCGACAAUGUCCUCUGUAAAGCCAGCUACCACCUCCAUGUUGUUGAAAGACUAGUCCCUAUGUCUUCUCUUGAUAGAUGCUUAGAGGCCUGCUUGGUUGUUGAUAUAGAGAUUAAUAUUUUUUUGAGCAUUUAUUUGGCCUGAUUGCAUUAUGGCAGGUGUUGGUCUAAGUAGUUUGCUAUUCUAGUCAGAGGGUCGUUCCUCUGUGGCCUUUUGCCUUUGCCAGUUUUAGUUUUCCUUUGUAUUUGUGAACAUUUUCUCCAGAUCAUUCCUUUCAAGACAAUGUCCUUUCUCUCCUCAGUCCUCUUCUAGCUGUUCAUAACUUUGUGGUUUUCCGUUAGCUGGCGAGAGAGAGCCUGUCAGUUUUUUUUUUUCUCAAUUUACAUGUCCCUUCCUGCCAUGGCAUUCAUUAAGAGAUUACUGACACCCUUGGCGCCUGUGCCUAUCCUAAUCUCUCCCCCUCUCUCUGCACUGCUUCUUAUUAACACCGACAAUCUUGUCCACACAGGUAUUUCACUCUCACUCCAAUGCAAAUGAACACAAACACACACCCGUACAAACACACACAUUUAAACACAAGCACGCACACACUCUCACAGGUGUGAAUGCCUUUGCGGUGACUGAUCUGGCCCAAGCUCACGCUGGGCAGAUCCGUGCAGGCUCCUUCAACUGAAGGGAAGUGUCUGUUUUUGGAGUGUUUGUUGCACUCACUGUUUUUCCCACACUCCCCAUACUCACUCCGCUCCUCCCUAGCGGAUGCCCCCAGAGAGAAACCGCACUGAAAAACAGUCAUAGUUGGUGCUGCACACCUCCAGUCUCUGUCACGCCCUGCUCACACCGCCCUGAUCACACCGCCCUGCUCCCCACCACACCACCACAACAGUAGCCUGCCUGCCUUAUUCCUGUGGUUCUCUGGGAUGGAAUUAUACUGCUUGUCGUAUCCUGCUGAGCAUGGGCAGCAGGUAAACAGACACCCAGCACCACCCUAACCCACACCAGACCACCAGCCCGCCUAGGCCACCCUGGCCCAUACCAGGCCUCUCCUGACUGAGCCUGUUUACAGAGCGAGCAGCUAUUCACUCUACUCAACCCUACUCACUCAGCACCACGCUGUGCCUUACUAUACCACCAUGCCUUUCCUUCUGGCUCCACACUGGCACCAGUUGGUCAUUUAGGCUUUACUACUAGGACACUGAUCAGCAGGGUAUUCAUCCAUUGUAGCGAGGGGGUUAGAUUAGGCUUGAUCGGUUUGCAAUGACUUUAUGACCUCAUUUUUAACUGAACCUCACUAUGUUCUCAAGGUCCUUUUUAUAUAUGGCACUAAUGUACUGUAUGUUUGUUCUGUUGGGCUGUGGUGGGGUGAUUAUUCCCUUCAGUGAUACUGUACUGAUGUAGACAUGACUCCCCAGCAGCAAGCCAGUCAGACAGUGCCAUGCUAAAGCCUGAAUGCUGCUCUGUGUUUAAGCACAUAAGUGCCUUCAUGUUAGUGUGUGCAUGUCGGCGUGCUUUUGGGACAAUAAACAAUCAUGUGUAUCUUAGCUUGUCAUUCAACCUCAGCCGUUCAGCCUCUUUUUAUAAACAGACGUGCUUGCUGCCAAGACCGAUGGAAUAUUUUUUAUGAAGAGCUCAGUAUUGAUAGUAUAUUUUUAUAUUGUGUAAGCCUCACAGGGGGAUUGUGAGAACCUUCUCAGUUAUGGGUUUAGUGCUCACCCAGAGAGUAUGACUGGAUCUGGGUGAUGUCAUUUGUUUACAUGCGUUGUUCCACCCUAGCUCAACCCCACACUUCCGAGGGGCAAUACUAACUCACCAGAGGAUAGACAAGUAAGAUGGCUGAACUCUCCUGCACCCCGUAACUGAGAGGAUAUAUCAUGAGUACCCAUGUCGGUGUCAGUCACUGACAGGACAUGAAAAGGCCAUAAUGGGACUUAUAAAGUCCAGAUUUCCCAUCAGUUACUAUUUGCAUUCAAAUAAAGUCUGUAAGAGAGGAGUGUUGAAUAUGAUUCAUGCCUAAAGGUCUGUACAGCUUCUUGCUUGUAUUGAGUAAUACACUUAUGGUAACUUGUGAUGCAACCCAGCUUGUGUAUCAGAUGACAAUGGUUUAUGACCUUUACUGUAGAGACAAUGAUGUGGGGAAAGGACAGAGUGGAGAUAGUCUUUACAAGAAAAACUACAGUAUGAUCAUGAUUUAUUAAAUAUACUGUUACAUUUCUAGAAGAAUUUAAAAAAUGCUUUUAAAUGUUUCUGAUCAUCUGUUGAAAUUCAGGGGACAUGGUAGUGAAUGUAUGACAUUUUCUUUAGCCUUUUCUGUCUGUCGAUUUUUGUGCCACAGAAAGUCUACACAAUGUAUCGAAAUACCUAAUAAAUUUCAACACAAAAUGGA